AUGUCUCGCGCAUUCCUCUCACUAAUCUCAACUCUUUUGCUGCUGUCGCCCACCUGGGCUGGCAUUAGCUACCUGGCCGAUGAGCAUGCCGUGGCGCAUACCCAGCAGAAUGUGGUCAGAAGCUACGACGGCACCGUCUCUCACUAUGCCAAGUCCGUGGCGACGCCCUACUCCCAGGUGCACAAGCUGGACACACGCAUCAGCAACAAUGUCUAUCAGCCAGCCAUAGCCAAGACUAUCAGCUAUGCUGCUGCUCCAGCACCAGCACCACAACAGCCUGCGUUCUAUAGCCAGGCUCCAGUCUACCAUCAGCAGCAGCAGCAACACAUCCCAGCUGUCCAGACCACCUACGCCAGCCACCAACCCUCUGUGGUGCACUAUUCACCCGCCGAGGCAGUCUCCCACAUGAGCUUCGAUGGAUUCGGCACUCACUGGGGAUUCUAA